AGUUACAAUCAUUGGCACUCUGGAAGCUCACUCUAGCGGGGUGGGAUGAUAGGCCUCUGAAUUUCUAGUCAAAAGAAAUUCUAUUAGAUCCGAUUUCGAAAAAUUCAAGUCGAAAGUAUUUAUUUCGACUCAAUUUGUUAAUCUAAUUCGGAUUACAUUUGUUCAGUUCUAUAAAUAGAUAUUCGUUUUCCAAUUUUGGGUAAAGGAUGACGAUGACGAUGACGAUGACGCGUGCACAAGCCUACAAAAGCAAAUUCUUUUGAAAAUAGAAGAAAAAUUAGCGAAUCCCUAAUUUCGAAUUUCCCCUUCUGAUUGAAUCGAAGCCAUGUCGCACUUCGGCAGAUCUGGGCCGCCGGACAUCCGAGACACCUUCUCCCUUCUCGUCCUCAAUAUCACUUUUCGUACUACGGCGGAUGAUUUGUUUCCACUCUUUGAUAAGUAUGGCAAAGUCGUGGAUGUGUUCAUUCCCAGGGACCGGAGAACGGGGGACUCGAAGGGCUUUGCUUUUGUACGAUAUAAAUAUCAAGAUGAAGCUCAGAAGGCUGUUGAGAAGCUAGAUGGAAGAGUUGUUGAUGGGAGAGAAAUAAUGGUUCAGUUUGCUAAAUAUGGGCCCAAUGCUGAACGGAUUCAUAGAGGUAGGAUUGAGGAACCUGUUUCCAGGUUGAGGUCCAGAGGAAGGUCAAGAAGCCGCAGUCCUCGCCCGAGGGACAGGGACAGGGCUCGCAGUAGGAGAAGCGACAGUAGAAGUAGAGAUAAAAGCGAGCAUGACUAUCCUCAUGACAGGCACAGAGAUAAGCGAUACAGGAGCAGGAGUAGGUCUCGAAGCCGGAGCCUUAGUGGAAGUCCUGGUUAUCGUAGAGAACGUGGAAGAGGAAAAUAUGAUAAAGAUGAUGAUGAGAGACGUAGACGGAGUCCGUCUUAUAGAAGUGCUUCUCCUAUUCGGCGAAGUCCCAGUCCUCGUAGGAGCCCAUCUCCAAACAAAACACCUCCUUCUAGGGAUGGAAGUCCUACCAUGGAUAGUUACAAAAAAGGGCCAAGCACAUCUAUAAGCCCCUCCCCACGCGGUCGUCCUGAUUCUCCGAGCCCCCCUCCACGUAGUCGUCGUGUUUCUCGGAGCCACUCCCCACGUUCUGAGGCUGAUGAAUGAAGGAGCGAACUUCUUCAUGUGGUAUCGUUUUUCCUUUUUGCUGGCGUUACCGUUGCGUAACUUGAUCUAUCUUGUAAUUAUAUCUAUAUGUGGCGGUAGUGGACUUACCCUUCUGAUUUAUGUUAGAUUCUGCGCCUACUUAAAAUAGUAAUGUACCAGUCUAAACUCAUACCUUUCUGAGGCGGUUUAAUUUGUGAUUUCAGUAGUUUUAUCA